UGCACACUCUUUAGGUAUCAGAAAAUCAUACCUUGGAGAAAUCAUGCUGUAAAUUAGGGAAAUUCUUCAUCUAGGAAAGACAAACUUCUAUUUAAAAAAAUAUAUUAUGAAUGAAGAUCUAUGAAUGUGUCAGAAGGGGUAAAGCCUCAGUAGAAAGGUUCCCUUCACUGUUAUUUUAAUUUGGAAGAUAAUUUAAGAAUUAUUGUAAGGGAAAUUAUGUUCCAGAUGUUCCAGAUUGUUAGGAAAAUAUUGGAGAAAAUAUUCAACUAUAAAUGAUAGGCAUGUUCAUAAUGGAAUAGAAAGUGGUUUUGUUUUUUUUUUUUUUUUUUUUUUUACAAUGUAAAUAAAUAUAAUCAGGAUAACCAGAAAUACAUCAUAAGACCUACAGGGAUAUUUAGAUGUUAUCUUCCUUUUACUAUAGGAGUUAUGUGUAGUUUGGCAUUCCACUUGUGAAUGUCACAUAUGAGAGAUAAGUUAGAUACAUGCCAUUGCCCAGGGACUUAUUCUUUUUAAGAAAUACAACUUGUUUCUAGAAUAAUAUGAUUUAUUAAAAAUACAUUUCAAUACUACAAACCUUUUCUACUGUUUUGUACCUUUUGUAAGUGGGCCUGGUGGCUACUUCUUUAGUUACGUACAUUAUUAUAGUGCAUAAUUGAUGUGUUUGUGUAGCUGGAAUCUAUUCUGCCCUCACUAGUUAGAGCAUCUUGAUUUUCACUAAGAUAAUCUCUCACAGUGUGUGAGGUCCUGAUGGGGCCAUCAUUCAAGGUGCCCUACAAAGGACUUGACAUGAUCGUCAAAGUAGGCUGAGAUAUUCCAGACGUUGAAUUUCUCAUGGACUCCUUAAGUACCAAAAAGCAAACUGAGCUUUUGUUUUCUGGUAACAUUUUCCUGCAAUUAUUAAUUAGUUCUUUCUGUAUAGAUUACCCAGGAUAGCUUUAGUUAUUGUCAUUUUAAAAUUCUAAUUCACUUAUCUUUAUAUGAGGUAUCUGGUGUGCUUUUAACAUAUUUAAAUGACACAUUUAGUGGCACUGCUGAAAUGUGGUCAGGCACACCUCAUUUUAUUGUCCUUCGCAGGCAAUGCUGUUUCCCAAAUUGAAGGCAUGUGGUGACCCUGCACUGAGCAAACGUAUUGGCUUCAUUUUUCCAAUAGCAUUUGCUUACUUCAUGUCCAUGUCACAUUUCACUAAUUCUUGCAAUAUUCCAAACUUGCCAUUAUUAGUUAUGGUGAUCUGUGGUCAGUGAUUAUGAUUUGCUGAAAACUCAGCAUGGUUUAGCAAUGUAUUUAAAUUAAAGUAUGUACAUUGCUUUUCUUAGACAUAAUGCUAUUGUCCAUUUAAUAGACUACAGUGUAGUGUAAAUAUAGCUUUUAUAUGCGUUAAGAAACAAAACUUCAUUUGACUCGGUUUAUUGCCACAUUUGCUUCACUGUGGUAGUCUGGAACCAAACCUGCAGUUGUCUGAGGUACGUGUGUACGUGUUGCUGUAGAGUGAGGAUGGGGAAAAGUCACUGUGCCAGCUUCCUUCUUACAAGCACACAUGAUGGUUGGAGAUUGGGCAUCCAUUGUGGAACCUGGAUUCAUCUCAAGGACAGAAGCCACCUGCGUCCGUGCUUUCUGAGGGGCCGACCCAACGUGGGAUGCAGAGCUUCCUGAAGCUGCUGAGGGAGAGUGGGGGCGCUGGGCCACCCCCGGCGGAGCUGGUGACUCUUGCAGGCAGGCUGUGCCGAGACCUCCAGGAUGACCCCGCCCAGGCGCAGCCCUUGGUCACAGCCGUGUUGGACAGUCAGCUCCGCCUGCACCUCUUGGACAAUGCGGACGUGGCCUUCGUGUGUGCCCGGGUGCUGGCCCAGCAAGAGCAGCACCAGGCUGCCUGCCGGGUGCUGGAGGGUUGCCGUGUGCCCGGAGGCAGCCAGGAGCUGGUCCAGCUCUGGAACGACAUUCACUACCAUCUGGUCAUGAAGCGGCUGGGCGUGGCUGUGCUGACCCCAGUGCAGAAGUUCCGCUGCAGAAAGAGAAACCCACCACCCCUCUCCCUCUGCCCUGAUGGCCUGAAGAGCCGAAACUUUCCCAGAGAGGUUCGCCGGAAGCUGCACGACUUUGCCUCGAGCGUGAGCACCAACCCCAGCAAGGCCGAGCGGGAGAACCUGGCCUUGGAGACGAGCCUGACCGUAGAGCAAGUGUACAACUGGUUUGCCAAUUACCGGCGGCGCCAGAGGGCCCUUCUCCAGCGCCUGGAGCCAGCGCCGGAGGACACAGUAGAGGACCCCAGUGUGAGGGAGAGGGGUCCGGACCGCCCCCAGCCCUCAGACCACCCCCACCUUGGCUCUGGGUGUGUGGACAGGCCUCAGUGGCCAGCAGGACAGGAGGAAAAUGAGCCUGCACAAUCCAGAGAGACCGCCCAAGGGCCGUGGGAGUCGCUGGCCCUGGCCCCGGACUUUUCUGGAGAUGAGACUAUGCCAAAGCCAUUGCCUCCCAGGUCUCUGCAGGGUGGUGAGAUGUACCAGGAGGGGCCUGGCCACGAUCCUGUCACUCUCCCUGCCAUCUGCCCAGGCCCUGGCGUCUGUCCACUGGCUGCUGGCAGUGACAUGCUAGACCCUUCUCUGGCUACCCCUGAGUCAUGGCUGAUGUCUCUCGCACUGGCGUCCUCCAGGGAAGUUUCCUUCCAGACCGGGCAUCUGGUUCACGGGCCUGGGUUGGACUUCAUGAUGCGCCCUGCAGAUGCAGCUGUGGCUGUGUCCGUUACUGCUCUGGGUGAGCCCGGCUCCACAGAGCAUGUACCUGGAGGAAGGUCCGGGCACUGGCGGUGGUCAAGAACAACAGGCUGGCGGCUUCCAGGUGACACAGCCCCCGCCACAGCCUCCUGAAUUCAUCCUGACCCAGAGGUGAGGCACGCAGAGCCAUGGGGCUCAAGCAGCAUUUUCUCCGGCCGUGGGUAAGGUAUUGUCUGGUUUACAUACAGACUUGUGACCUCAGAUGUGCAGAUUGAGUCCUUUCCUUAUGGGUUUCUGGAAGAAAAACAACAUUCUCCCCACCCUGCAUCUACCAGAAGAAGAGGGUAGUUUUUCCCUGAGACAAAAGAACACCUAGAAAUAGCAGAGCAGAUACGAGGUCUGUGUUGUGGACAGUGCUCACGGUUUGUGUCUUCUCCAAGAUCACCCUGGGCCCCAGCAGCCUCUUUUUGGGCAUUUUCUUUUCCCUAGACAGAGGUUGUCUGAGUUUUUGAGCAGCAUCAAGGUGGAUUUUCUAUUCCAAACCGUAGUUUCAGAGGUGCUUGGGAGAGCCAUGAACAGCCUAGGUGCUGUGGAUUUUGGCCGUGGGGCCCAGGACAAGAGGCCAGGAGAAUCUAGCUGUAGAGAAGAGGAUGGAAGAGUGUGAGACGUUGGGGGGUCCUUUGGUGGAUCUAUGAUAGGGGUCACCAGGACCAGGUCCCCAGGGUUCACAGUCUCCCCAGUCUGGGAGCCGAAAGCCAGGUGCCCAGUACGGGCGGAACUACAGUGCCGUGUGUGAGGAAGAAGGGGAGCAGUUCUUUAAGUCACUAAUUUUCUUGCUGAAACAGCAGAUGGUGAGAAAAUGCAGACUGUGCAGAUGGACUCACUUUUUCACUCGUGACCAGGAACCGUGAUGGAGAAAAUGCCCCCACUGGGUACCUUUGUGGUUUGCUUGGUCUCCCCACUGGCUGUAUCAGCCUUGGACUCCCAAGGCCCAGCCCAUCAUUGCUCUGACCUGAUGACUUUGACUCCUUCUUUAAAAGCAAAUUCACUGGGGCAUAAGUGGUAUUCAUUAAAGCAACAUGUUUAGAUGGUA